AUGUCCGAGUACAAGAAGGCGCAAGCUCGGGUUCGGGAUUUGGUCGAGAAGCGCAGAAUGCUAGAGAAACGUUUGACACAAGUUGAAGACAGCAUCUCCCAAAAGGAAACUGCAUAUCUCGACAGCACACCGAGCGGAAACAUCAUCACCGGUUUCGACAAUUACAUGAAGGGCAUAAGUGGCGCGGCAGCACAGCGACGAAAGGCUGGUCCGAUGGAACAGAACAGAGUCUUCUCAAGGUCGUCGAUUUCCUACCGACCUAACAAUCUAGAGGGCAUCACACCUGGAUCAGGAGGCUCGACACCAGCUGGCGCGACACCUUUAUCAGCCGCAUUUAGAGACGGACCCUCGAAUCACCCGACACCGACAUCUUCGACUGCGGUUAAGAACGCAAGCAAGUCGAAGAAGAAAACGGUCGAGCACGAGGACAGCGAAAACGAUACUUCGACGAGCAAGAAACGAACAAAUUUUGGAGCACAGCGCAAGUAG